GCCAAGGUGAAAGGUCGGCGCGCCGGCGGCACUCCCAACAUGGCGGCGGCCGGGGUGGCUGCGCGCAGCCCGGGAACCCGAGCGCGACGCCCGCCCCCGCCUCGGGCCGCUCGGCUGCUGGUGCUGCUGGCUGCGGCGCUGGCGGGGCCGGGGGCGGGCGGCGCCGCGCGGCUGUACCACGCGGGCGAGGACGCCGUGUGGAUGCUGGACAGCGGCAGCGUGCGCGGGGCCACGGCCAAUAGCUCGGCCGCGUGGCUCGUGCAGUUCUACUCCUCGUGGUGCGGCCACUGCAUCGGCUAUGCGCCCACCUGGCGGGCGCUGGCUGAGGACGUGCGAGACUGGGCCUCUGCCAUCCGAGUUGCUGCUCUGGAUUGUGCAGAAGAAAAGAACCAGGAAGUGUGCCGUACUUACAACAUCCACUUCUACCCCACCUUCAGGUAUUUUAAAGCAUUUACAAAGGAAUUCACAACUGGAGAAACUCUUAAAGGACCUGACAGGGAACUGCGGACGGUAAGACAGGUGAUGAUUGACUUCCUGCAGAACCACACGGAAGGCACCCGUCCCCCAUCCUGCCCAUCUCUGGACCCGAUUCAGCCCAGUGAUGUCCUUUCCCUCAUGGACAGCCGUGGUGGCCGAUACAUGGCUGUCAUGUUUGAAAGCAACGGCUCCUAUGUUGGACGAGAGGUGAUCUUAGAUUUGAUUCCUUAUGAGAACAUUGUGGUGAGCAGAGCACUGGAUGGGGACAAAGCAUUCCUGCAGUCACUGGGCAUUUCUUCAGUUCCUUCCUGUUACUUGAUUUACCCAAAUGGGUCUCAUGGACUAAUUAAUGUCGUGAAGCCUCUCCGAUCAUUUUUCUCCUCUUAUUUGAAGUCACUGCCAGAUGUGAGGAAAAAACUACUUUCCUUGCCUGAAAAGCCUAACAAAGAAGAAAAUUCAGAGGUGGUGGUUUGGAGAGAGUUCAACAGGGCCAAGCUGUACACAGCCGACCUGGAGUCGGGUCUGCACUACCUGCUGAGGGUGGAGCUGGCUGCCCACAGGUCCCUGGCUGGAGCCGAGCUGAAGACUCUCAGGGAGUUUGUGACUGUCGUUGCCAAGCUGUUCCCUGGGAGACCUCCAGUCAGGAAGCUGUUGGAGACGCUGCAGGAGUGGUUGGCAAGCCUCCCCCUGGACAGGAUCCCCUACAAUGCUGUCCUCGACCUGGUCAACAACAAGAUGCGGAUUUCUGGACUCUUUACCAACCAUGUGAAGUGGGUAGGAUGUCAAGGCAGCCGACUGGAGCUGAGGGGCUACCCAUGUUCCCUCUGGAAGCUGUUCCACACUCUAACUGUUCAGGCCUCGAUCCAUCCGGAAGCCCUGGCCGGCACAGGCUUUGAAGAUGACCCCCAGGCUGUGCUGCAGACUGUGAGGAAGUAUGUUCACACCUUCUUUGGGUGCAAAGAAUGUGGUGAGCAUUUCGAGGCGAUGGCUAAAGAGUCCAUGGACUCAGUGAAAACUCUCGACCAAGCAGUUCUCUGGCUCUGGAAGAAGCAUAAUGCAGUAAACAGCCGCCUGGCAGGCCAUCUGAGUGAGGACCCCAGGUUUCCAAAGGUUCCGUGGCCCACUCCAGACCUCUGCCCAGCCUGCCAUGAGGAAAUUAAGGGCCUAGACAGCUGGAAUGAGGGUCAUGUGCUUACCUUCCUAAAGCAACACUACAGUGGCGACAAUCUUGUGGACACAUAUUCUGUGAACCUGGGCGAUCCUGGUGACGGAGGAGCCCUGGGCAGGGGACAGGUGGAAGACAAAGGACUCACAUCCCCAGGGAAAUCCCAGAGAGAACAGGAUGCUGCCGGUCUCCAUCUGCCCCACGUGCUUGAUCCCAGAACCGACCUUCCAGAGAGCUUACGCCACCGGCUGGGCCUGAGACUGCACAGUCCUCCUGGGCCUGGGGCCCUGGCGGAGGUGGAGGCAGCUGCACCCUCUCUCGGGGCGGGCUUCUCCAGCCUGGACAUGAGCCUGUGCCUGCUGCUGUACGUGGCCUCGUCCUUGUUCCUGAUGGUCAUGUGCUGCUUCUUCCGUGUGAGGUCCAAGCGGUGGAAAGUCCGGCUCCACCACCCAGCUGUAUAGACCGCCUCCCAGGCCGCCACACAGCACAGACACCUUCGGAAGCCAUCCUCCCCGCCACCCACAGCGCUGAAGUUUGUGAUAGGGAUUUUGUAAACGUGCCAGACAUGGCCCUUGGAGGAGCAUGAGUGACUUUUGUGGAAACAUCUGCCUCCCUGGCAUCUGACCCUCACCUUUCCAGCUCCUGUGGCAAAAGACUUCUGUGUGUUUUCUCUCCUAGGUCAGAACAAGCAGGUACAGGGCACCGUCUUCCCUUUGAGGCCAGCCACGGUGCCACAGCAGAGCCCAGACACAGUGGCCUUCCCUGGUGUUUCAUGCCCUGGCAGCCCCUGAGACAGACUUCAUUCUCAGCAGUCAGAUUUGUACAUUUGGGCUGUGUCUGUUCUUGCUUGGAUAGCAGGUUGUUUCCAUGGAGCUUGGCCUUUCAGCAGAGCAAGAAGACUCUGGUCACCUCUUGGCCUGCAGGACAUUUUACUCCAAAUGGGAGACUGCAGGAUGCAGAGGGCAGCAAAUUUUGUGUCUUUUUUUGUAUCUCAAGAAAUAACCUAGCCAGGUGCCUGUGGCCCAUGCUUGUUACCC